GUUAUUGCACUUAUUCAUACAUCCUAUUUAAUAUCAUGUUCACAAGAAAGCAACACCCUAAGCGAUAUUAUUAAUGAUAAUGAAUUAUGGUCAAGACUUGAAUUGUUUUAUGAGUUGUUAAAACCGUAUGAUUAUGUUAUAAAAAUUCUUGAAACAGAAAAGGCAACAUUGGGUCAGGUGGCUGCGUCAUGGGCGUGGCUUCGUAGAGUUAUUAACAAAAGCUUAUUUACUAAUAACGAUUUUCAGAAUUCUUUAAUUAUAGAAAUUGAUAAUCGUUGGCAAAAAAUAUUCAAUCCAGUUUAUUUAAUUACCUGGUUUCUUCAUCCAUAUCAUCACGGUGAAGGAUUAAAUCCAGCAUGGCUUCUAUACAUUCAAGAAGCUGCAUACGGCUUAUUUUGUACUUUUUAUCCAGAUUAUAAUCAAGACAAAUUUAUUGAUGAAUGGUUAUAUUACUCAAAUCACGAGGUUUUACAAGAUUUUCCAUUAAGAUAUUGGCACACUAUGUUAAAUGUGGCUCCAAAUUUAAGUGAAUUUGCAUGCCAUCUUUUAUUAAUUCCACCUAAUUCAGCAACUUCUGAACGAGUAUGGUCUUUAUUAGACAAUAUACAUACAGAACGUCGUAACAGGUUAUCACCAAUACGGGCUGCAAAAAUGGCGCAGGUAUCUUGGUAUAUAAAUCUAAUAUCAAAACAAAAUGAAAAAAAAUCACAAAAAUUAAAUGAAAUAGAAAGUAAUAUUUUAGAUAAUGAUGACUAUAUUGAUAGUAGUGAUGACUAUAUUGAUGGUAAUGAUGAUGUAGACGAAUUUAUA